AUGAUGUCAUCAUCGAACAAGAAAUUAACUAUUGCUGUUGAAGGAAAUAUUGGUUCAGGAAAAAGUACUGUACUCACUCAUCUUGGUCAAUCGUCAUUAUGUGAUAUUAUUGCGGAACCAAUUGAAGCUUGGACGAAUCUCAAAGGCAAUAAUCUCCUCGCAAUGCUUUAUACAGAUCCUAAACGAUGGGGUUUUGCAUUCCAAGCAAAUGCACAAAUGUCACUCGCAAAAUUACAUGCCCAACCAACAAAAUUACCGUUGAAAAUUAUGGAAAGAUCUAUUUAUAGUGCAAGAUAUUGUUUUGUUGAAAAUCUCUAUCGAAAUCAAAUUCUUCAUGAUGUCGAAUAUGAAAUUUUAAAAGAUUGGUUUAAUAUGCUGACAUCUAAUGAUUCAUGCCAUCUUGAUUUAAUUAUUUAUCUUCGGACACAACCUGAAACAUGUCUUGAACGUAUCAAAACUCGUAAUCGACCUGAAGAACAAUCCAUAACUCUUGAUUAUCUAAAUCAAUUACAUGAACGACAUGAAGAAUGGCUUUCACCUCAAAUUCGUACAGUGAAAACACCUGUUCUUAUUAUUGAUGCAAAUCAAACACAAGAACAUGUGUAUAAAGAUACAAAUGUUUAUUUAGAAAAUCUUGUUUCAUGUUAA